AGGACACGCUCAUCAGCCUGAUUACACCACUGGCGUUUCACCUUCUACAGACAGAGCACUUUGGGAGGUUCUGCAACUGGUAUGAUGAGCUGUCAAGUAUGAGACUCACUCAUCGUGCGCCAGUAGAUACCGACUCCAAUUUCGCAUCUCGCUAUGCGCAGCCAGUGAAUGUUGAUACUCUUAUCGAUGCCUCUGAUUCUAUUCAGGACUACUUUCUUCAAUUCCCAUGUCACAAGCCUGGUGACACCACCAUCUUCGGGCCGCUGAACACGCUCAUUAUCUCAAACGUAGACAGAAUCAAGAAGUUGCUCCUACUUUCCUGGUAUCCCAAGUCUAGUCCCACAUGGGGUACCAUUGGCGGCAUUGAGGAUGCACAGAGCGCCUGUCUGAUUCCCAAGGUUCUCGACUGCGGCAUCAUCGUGGAGGAUCUGCUUGGAUAUCGCCUCGAGUUUAUUUCCUUUGUUUACAGCGGCGAAGACACCGAUCCGAUCAUGAAGGAGCUCCUCAGGCUGAGGGACGGAAGUGUGCAGACGAUGGUUGACCAGCACGGCAAACAGAUGCUGGCUCGUGAGAAGCGCAGACUGUCUGACCGCUCCGAUGUUAGCGGGUCUUCUACUGAGCAGCAUGUCCCCCAUCACAAGGUGCCCAGGCACCGCUAGUCUUCCACCCAUCCACUUUACUUUUUCUUCUUGUUUCUUUCAAAUAGCAGCAUUAUUGG